GUGACGAUCGCCGAGCUCGCGAGGCUGCUGAAGUGCUCCCCGCGGAGGAUCGAGACGGUGCUUAUCGACCUCGGGGAACCCCCCGCGAGUCUCGAGGAAACCGUCUCCGCCGACGUCAUCGAACUCUGCGCCGUCGAGCUCGGCGUCGACGUGGAAGUCGUCGACGACGAAUCACCGUCCGCCACGUCGGCGGACGGCACCCCGCUCGAGCUCCCCAGACGCGCGGUCGUCGCGGUCAUGGGCCACGUCGACCACGGGAAGACGACGCUGUUGGACAGGCUGCGGAGCGCCAACGUCGCCGACGGCGAAGCCGGAGGCAUCACGCAGGCGCGUUCUAUCUCAUACUGGUCCCCAUACGACCGCCAUCUCGGCGCGUUCGUCGUGAAGUGCGGCGGCGGCGGCGAGCUCACGUUCCUCGACACCCCGGGCCACGCGGCGUUCAGCGCGAUGCGGCGGCGCGGUGCGAGCGUGACGGACGUCGCCGUGCUCGUGUGCGCCGCGGACGACGGCGUGAUGCCGCAGACGAGGGAGGCGGCGGCGCACAUUCUCGCGGCGAAUUGUAAGUUCGUCGUCGCGAUAACGAAAUGCGACCGCGACGGCGCGGACCCGUCGCGCGUCCGCGACGAGCUUCACGCGAUGGGGAUCGCGUUGGAGUCGCACGGCGGCGACGUGCAGUGCGUCGAGGUGAGCGCGAUGACUGGGCAGGGCAUGGAGGACCUCGAGAUGGCGUUGUUUUUGGAGGCGGAGAGCCUCAACUUGACCGCGCGACGCGACUGCGAGGGCGUCGGCGUCAUCCUCGAAGCGCGGCUGGAUAAAGGCCACGGCGCGGUCGUGACCGGGCUCUUACGGCGCGGCGUCGUCGGUAUCGGCGAGCACGUCGUCGCGGGGACGCAUUACGGCCGCGUUCGACGGCUCAUCGGCGACGGCGGCGUCGACGUCGAGUCGUGCGGUCCGUCGGAGCCGUUCGAGAUCACGGGCUUGCGCGGCGUCCCGAGCGCGGGCGACUCCGUGAUGGUCGUCGCCACGGAAGAGCGCGCGCGAAGAGUCGCGACCGCGCGCGCGGAUCGCAUAGAAACGGCUCGCCUCGCGGCGUUAUCCGUCGGCGACGACAGGCAGUUUAUCGACGACGACGCGGACGCGCGAGCCGCGGAGAGCGUGAACAGCGACCUGUGCGCCAUCGUCAAGGCGGACGUCCAGGGCACCGCCGAGGCGGUGCGAGAUUCUCUGCUCGGGCUGGGGACGUCCUCCGUCGGCGUCAAGGUGGUCUACGUCGGCGUCGGCGCGGUCAGCGAGAGCGACGUCGCGCUCGCGGCCGCGAUCGGCGGGCCCAUCCUCGCGUUCAACGUCCAGGUCUCGAACGUCGUCGAAAAAGCGGCGAAAGACGCCGGCGUCGUCAUCGUGAACCGGAAAGUCAUCUACCACCUCCUCGACGCCGUCGGCGAGCUCUUGGGCGGCUUAGGCGCGUUCUCCUCACGCUGGUUCCCGUACGACCGCGAGGUCUUGGGCGAGGCGGAGGUGCGGCAAGUCUUCGACCUGAGCGGUCGACGAGGGAACAAGGCGAACAUGGUCGCCGGGUGCGUGGUGAACAGCGGGAGCUUCAGCGCGGUUGAAAAGUUUCGGCUCUUGCGAGACGGCGAGCCCGUGCACGAGGGACUGCUCGACGCGCAGUCCAUCCGUCGGCACCGCCUGGAGGUGACGACCGUCGGCAAGGGCACCGAAUGCGGCGUGAGCCUCGCGGAUCACGCGGACGUCAAGCCCGGGGACGUCAUUCAGUGCGUGCACUUCGUGAAGAGGAAGGCGGUGGUGGAGAAGGUGGCCACCGGCGGCGCGAGGGUCGUCGAGCGACAGCCGCGGUAG